AUGGCCAACGUUCUGGACGACAUUUCUCACCGUCGCUACAACCCUCUGCGGGGAUCUCACAUUCUGGUGUCCCCGCACCGAACUAAGCGCCCCUGGCAAGGCCAGCAGGAAAGCCCAUCCAAGACCACUCUUCCUCACCACGACCCCGAAUGUUACCUUUGCCCUGGGAACAAGCGGGCUCAGGGCGACGUGAACCCCAAGUAUGACAGCACCUUCGUGUUCGUCAAUGACUACAGCGCGGUGAAGGAAGAGCAAGCCGCGUACGAUGACGCGAACAGCGACGAACUCGAAUCGCGCUUCCUCAAGGCCGAGCCCGUGACUGGAAAAUGUUACGUCUUGACCUUCUCUGCGGCACACAACCUCACCCUUGCCGAUCUGUCAGCAACUGAGAUUGUCCCGGUGAUCAACGCCUGGACCGAGAUUUACACGGCCCACCUGUCUCCCAAGUCUCCGCUGGUUGGGAAUGCGCCCCCAACCCAUGUGCAGCCCUCUGGCCCCAACACCAGCAUUACUAAACCCAAGGAGCAAUACCGAUACAUGCAGAUCUUUGAGAACAAGGGCGCCGCGAUGGGCUGCUCAAACCCCCACCCUCACGGCCAGGUCUGGACCACCAGCACCCUCCCUGAAGAGCCGGCUGCUGAGCUCGAGCAGCUCCGCCGUUACCGCCGGGAGCACAACGGUAGCCACAUGCUGGAAGACUACGCCGCGCUGGAGAGUCGCAAACAAGAACGGGUCGUCUUUGAGAACGAGGGCUUCGUUGUCGUCUGCCCUUGGUGGGCCACUUGGCCCUUCGAGACCAUGAUUGUCAGCCGUACGCACAAGCGCGCGCUGGUCGAUCUCUCCGAUGCUGACAAGGUCCUCUUGGCUGAAGCUAUCGCCGAGAUUACCCGCCGGUACGACAACCUCUUUGAAACUCACUUCCCUUACUCGAUGGGGAUUCACCAAGCUCCUCUCGAGGGCACGGAUGACGAGGUGGAGGCCUCGUACCUGCAUCUCCACUUCUACCCGCCUCUGCUGCGCAGCGCGACCGUCCGCAAGUUCCUGGUCGGUUACGAACUGAUGGCCGAGCCCCAGAGAGAUAUUACACCUGAGCAGGCAGCGGCCCGACUUCGCGGCUGCGGAGGCGAGCUUUAUCGCAAAAAGUUGGAGUAA